GAUAUCAUAGCGGCCAAAAUGGAGUGCCGAAAUCGGCUCAUUUGCUGUACCCAAAGAUUGGAUCUGUUAAUAUCCAUUUACAGAGACAAAGGAGUGCCGACGAUGGCUAAUCUUUUCAUUCUCAAUUUCCCAACUUCCCGUUCCAGCUUGAGGCGUGUCUCUGCUUUACCUUCAUCCAAUGGCGCUCAUCCGUUAUCGGCAGGCAGUGGACCAGUGAUCCUGGAGCUUCCUUUGGAGAAGAUACGGAGGCCAUUAAUGAGGACAAGAGCUAACGAUCCCGAUAAAGUCAAAGACCUAAUGGACAGUAUACAAGAAAUCGGGCUACAAGCACCCAUUGAUGUACUUGAAGUUGAUGGAGUUUAUUACGGUUUCUCUGGUUGUCAUCGUUAUGAGGCUCAUCAAUGCCUCAGACUUCCUACAAUCCGCUGCAAAAUUCGCCGUGGAACCAAAGAAACUCUGAGGCACCACCUACGAUGAAGUUUCAGUAGGUUGCCCGUCGGUAGGUUGCCCGUCGGUAGGUUGCCCGUCGGUAGGUUGCAAUGCCAUUUAAACUAUUUAUUACUUUAAAUGCCUACCAAAGCUUUUACUGAAUACCCGAAACAAGCAUGUGUACAUCACAUUGCAAGUAUUUAAUGUCAAAGUUUACGUGUAAAUAAACGAUUAUUUGUCCUAACUUGAGAAUAAUGUAAGCGUUGCUGUCUUGAAAUCAAGAGUGAUGAUGUCACUGAUGUUGAGUUUUAUUUCA